UACUUGUUUUUAUGAGUUUUGCAGGUUGUGGAAACUGCCAUGGCCUUGCAGGAAGCAGGGUGUUUUUCUGUUGAUUUGGAAUGUGUGCCUGCACCUGUUGCUGCAGCAACAACAUCUGCUCUUAGGAUCCCCACUAUCGGAAUUGGCGCUGGGCCUUUCUGUAGUGGUCAGGCGCUAGUUUAUCAUGAUCUUCUUGGGAUGAUGCAACACCCGCACCAUGCCAAGGUUACUCCUAAGUUCUGUAAGCAGUAUGGACAAGUUGGAGAUGUUAUCAACAAAGCUCUUUUGGAAUACAAGGAAGAAGUAACUAAUGGUUCAUUUCCUGGCUCUGCUCACAGCCCAUACAAGAUUGGUGCAGCCGAUAUGGAUGGUUUCUUAAACGCGUUACAGAAGUUGGGUUUCAAUGAUGCAGCUUCAGCAGCAGCUGAAAAGAUUCAGACAAGCUAAUUUACCCCCCUUGAUCGAGAGGACCAGCAAUUUUUUAGUAUACUUGUAGCCAACAAGUGCUAUUAUACUGAGCUGUACCUUGCUGUCUCUCGUAGAUGGGGAGAGGAUAGUUAAGGCUUUUCUGUGCCAAGAGA